GGCGGAUACUAUCGGUUGUAAAUAAAGAUAGUCUCUCUUGAAAGGAGUAUAUCAUUAACGUCUCUGAAAUAUUCUGGCAGUUCUCAGACAAAAAGCUAAAAGAGGCCUAAGAAAAUAGUGCAGAAAGCUAGGCCUGAUUGCUGGUGAACAAUGCUUGCCAAGUAAUGACUUGUAGAUGUCUCGCCAGUAAAUUGAAGGGUUAAUUGAAGAUGGCAACAACUUAAAAACAAAUUAGAGAAAGAAAGCCCUAGACAUUCCAAAUAAUGAACAGUUACAAAGAAUCUCUAUUAACUGGUGACUUGUGACAAUCCAAAGAUGGAUUCCGAUAAUGUGUACGAAGCGUAUGAAUCUGGAGAGGAAUACGCCCAAGACACAUAUGUUAAUGAGGCAGAAAAUGAGCCAAUCAGUGAGAGUUCAGACUCUGAGAGUGAGCCCGAGGAUUCUGGGUUCUCUAAUAAUGAGAAUGGGGGCUCACAGGAGCUAACGCUGAUGGAUGAUGGACCCUCGCUGAUCGUGCAGCAUAAUUUGUUGGACGACGAAGAUGAGGGCGAAGAUGCAGACACGGGUAUCGGCAGCCAGGCGUACGAGGAGGAGGGGGAGGGAGAGGGGGAUGAGGAUGCUCUGCCUCCCUCCACGCAGCUCUCCAAGGAGGAAAUAGCCGAGGCAGAGAAGAAGGAGGCAGAGAAAUCAAAGUCACCAAAAAAGAAGAAGAAGCGGAAAAAGUGGUUCAAUAUAUGCCUGACAAAUUGUAAAUAUGAUGUUGUACGCAAGGUGUCUCGCAAGUUUGGUUUCCGAGAGGUGUCUGAUGAUGAUGACUGGACACUCUACUGGACCGACUUCUCUGUGGCCCUGGAAAGGGUGAUGGAUAUGAAAAAGUACCAGAAAAUCAAUCACUACCCAGGGAUGAGUGAGAUUUGUAGGAAGGACCUGCUAGCAAGGAACAUGAAUAGGAUGGUUAAAAUGUUCCCUAAAGAGUACAAUGUCUUUCCAAAAACCUGGUGCCUGCCUGCAGAUUAUGGGGACUUCCAGGCCUACUGCAGACAGAAGAAGAACAAGACGUACAUUCUCAAGCCCGAGUCUGGCUGCCAAGGCCGUGGGAUCUGGGUCACCAAGAACCCGAAAGACGUGAAACCCCAUGAGCAUAUGAUCUGUCAGCAGUACCUGAGUCGGCCUCUACUGAUAGAUGGUUUCAAGUUUGACCUGCGCGUCUACACACUGGUUACCUCAUGUGACCCUCUACGAAUAUUUGUGUUCAAAGAUGGCUUAGCUCGGUUUGCCACACACAAAUAUCUGGAGCCUACUCACAGCAAUAUUGAAAAUGUGUACAUGCAUCUAACGAAUUAUGCCAUCAACAAGCAUAGCGAGGACUUCAUUCGUGACGAUGAAGCCGGCAGCAAACGUAAGAUCAGCACGACUAAUCGCUGGAUGCGUGAGAAGGGUUAUGAUGUGGACAAAAUGUGGAAUGACAUUGACGAUGUGAUUAUUAAGACGUUGAUCUCCGCCCAUUCAGUAUUAAAACACAACUACCGCACUUGUUUUCCAAAUCAUGUGAAGGGCAGUGCUUGUUUUGAAAUUCUUGGAUUUGACGUGAUGCUUGAUCGCAAGUUACGGCCUUACGUGCUAGAGGUGAAUCAUUCUCCAAGCUUCACAACUGACUCGGACUUGGACAGAGAAAUCAAAAGUGCCCUUAUUUUUGACACAUUGCAACUGUGCAACUUUGGUGCUUGUGAUCGGCGAAAGUGCAUUGAGGAGGAGAGAAGAAGGAUCAAGGACAGGUUGCUUGGAAAGUCUACAAAGAAAGAAACCAGGGAGGAGCUGGACCUCGCCCAGCAGCAGUACCUGGAGACCCUGGAGAAGUACGAGAACAACCACCUGGGCAACUUCCGCCGUAUCUACCCUGCCCCAGGCUCGGAGAAGUACGACAAGUUUUUCAACGGCGGUGGCACACUCUUCCAGGAGACGGCCGCAUUCAAGGCCCGCUCCGAAAUGGCCAGGCAACAGCGCGAAGAAAUAUCACGGAAAAAGGAAAAGUUGGAGUCAAUGUUGAAAGGCAAAAAGAACACGACAGGGGUAGCUCGACCAGAGAGUCCUGGGAGUCGACGUCGCAAGUCCCUGCGUAGAACCACCUUGCCUUCCCGCAGAAUAACCUCAAGUCGAACUAAUUUAGAGACGCUGGGUAGCGACCCCUCGAGGCAGGUGAGUGUAGAGGAGCAGCCUGUGGACACAACAAGGCCCAUGGAGAUCCGGGAGGAAGAGGAACUUGAGCGGAUCAGCGGGCUCCUGCAGCGCGACAAUCUUGUGCGCGGGCUAGGCAUUGUGGAACACGUGUACCGGCUGCUGCACUGCACGCCUGGCACCAUGGGCAUCCUCAAGUCCGAGCCCCGACCUCUACCCCCGCCACUGACCAAUAAAUCUGAUAUUCGGAGAUUGGCCUUGCGCAAUCUGGCCAGUCCCCAGAAAAAUUCUUUCACAGAAACAAAGGACAGCAACCAAAGAUGGCUGUACACAAACAGGCAGAUGGAUUCAUGUCUUUCCGGCCGCCAGGCCCCGAUUAGGAUUAAAGACAAGCAGUAUUACAAAAAGCUCCUUGAUCGAUACUUUGGCAAUAAUCACGCACUUGCUAAUGAAAGCAAUAAUUCUUUGGAUAAGGCCGUUUACAAGUCAAGUAAAAAUUUCGCCACUCGUGGUUUGCACGCCAGGGAUGACUUGAAUCGCCAGUUUCCACAUGUGAGGCUGUCAUACUCGAGUAAUGAUCGAAAGGUUGUCCUCACAUCAGAGCCCUACAUUAUUGAAGGCUCUGACGCAGAGGAGGUAAUUGAGACGGAGCAGACGGUAGAGCAGCAGGAGGCAGGUAGCCAGCGUAUAGAGAGCCAGAUGGGCAGUGAGGCCCCCAGCGGCAAUGGGGCAGGUCGCGGCCUCGCGUUGGGCAUGUCCGGGUCAUCCGGGGGCCCCGUAGAGGGCAUGCCCAUCCCGCAGCAUCACCUGCAGUUCACGCUAGCCAACGGCUUAACCACACAGGGCACAUUUGGCAUGACGCAGUCCGAGCGCCUUGCCUCCAUCCUGCUUCAACCUCAAGCUUCCUUGCACACUCACUCGAACUCUCAGUCUACCACUAACAUUAGCCUCUAUCCGCCUCCCAACCCUCUAGCUAAGCCCUUAUUGCCCGCACCGCCGGGCCUGGCCCGUGCAUUGCCCGUCUCAUCUACAACCAACUCUCUUUCGCCCACACAGCCCGGGCCUGGGGGACGCAACUGGCCCCACAAGUCUGCCGCCAGCCACCUAGCCAGUGUCAAUGAGAGAACUGUGCCUGCCUUUCAGAGGAACAAGUUUAUUCGUAAGCCCCUGGGCAGCACAGGUCGAGCAGGAGGCACUGGGACGAUCAUACCGGACUCAGAAUAUAGGAACCUCUCCUCCCUUUUGGAGACAGAAGCUGAACGAAACCGGAUCUUAGCGCGAAAUGGCUAUUCCACCAACAUGAUGUCAGACAUUAGAUCAGACUCCAUCACUCCAACUUCGAACUCCAAUAAACGUGUAUUGAGUGCUUCUGGGCAGCGAAAGGAUUCCGUGGGUCCCCUUAUGCAACAAGAGAUAAAACAAAGCUUUGUGAAUGACGUCUCUGGUUAUCGAACAGCUUACCAGUCCAACGCCCUCUGGCAGUACCACCUCAUCGGAGGGCAGGACCUUCAACGAUAUCAUUCCCCGCAAGGACCAGGGCUGUCUGUAGUAUCAGGUCCAGCCCCAGUUAUACAGCGACCUGACCUGGGUCAGCCAGACAGCGCGCUGUCGGUGGGCAACAUCAGUCGAGUGAACUCCCAUCAUUCCAUCGCUUCUGAACCCACAGGGCUACGCUCCACCAAGUCACAACGAAUACGCGGCGCCUCAAACAACAUAAGAUUACGUCAGAUGGAGAUGCGGGAAAAUCAUGCCAUCGUGUUUAGUUGAUGCACAUCUGCACUUUAUAGGAAAUGGUAAAUUCUGAUGAGCCUGCGCCGCGUACACAGUGAAAAAAUGUGACCCAUCUCUAUUGCCAAGCAAGCCAUUUUAAACCUUUUCAUUUAAGAAUUCAUGUCCAUUUAUGAUUAAUGUUUUUUAUCAUGUAUAUUCAGAUAUAGUUUUUGUUAGGAUGCCCUGGGUUGCCAAAGAAAAAAUGUGUGGGUCAUCUUUGUAAGAAGUCUCCUGUAUCAGAUAGAUAGGGCUGACAGUGGUAACUUCAGCGUGUGUGCAGUCUGUGAACAGUAACUUUUUGAAUGGUUGAUUAAAAGGGCGAUAGACUUUGAAAAGUUGAAUGAUCGAUUAAAAGGGAGAUACAUUUAAGUCAUUGGUGUAGAUUUCGAAGUGAAAACUUGCAGCAUUAAUAAUGUCAAGUAACGUUCUAAGCAAGAACUACUUAGCUACAAAGAUAUGUGAUCGAGUGGGAAAAGAGGUGGGAAAAAUAACAAUUGAUGGUGAAAGAGAGACAUUUAUGGAAAACGGAUCAUGUUACAAAAUUUGUUGAAGGAGUAUGGACAUUAAUACUGAGCGCUUGCUUCUUUGCUACUUACAGAAGAAGCUGAAAUAAUUGUGUGUUGUGUCGUAUUGAUUUAUUUUAUUUUCCUAUAGUUUGCACUGCCAUGUUUGGCAUUUUUGUUCUCUUGAUUUAUUAAAAAAAAUGAAUAUGCUGUUAAACAUUUGUGCAUUUGAUAUUUAUGAUUAUAUGCAAAUGAACUAUUAAAAUCUUCUAUGAUGUUAAAAGGAAAUGUGUAUUGUACUUUUAUCUGAAAUAUGAAACAUUCCAUCUUUUGUUUCAAGGUCUUUCAAUUGUUCAGAUGUUGUAGAACUGUGAUUUAUAACCGGUAUGAGGUUUCUCCUGUGAUAUCUGUUAUUUAUUAAACUGUUAAGUUUCAUAGCAUGUAUUUUUCAUGCCAAUAAACAAAGUAUAUUUAUUUUGUGCAUUGAUACCACAUAGAAAGUAAUUAACCCUUCACCACUUAGAUACGUUUUUUGACACAUUUGUAGUCCCUUAGAAAGUUUAAUGUAAUUAAAGACUUUUCUAACUAGAUUCUAGUUUUUAAGGCUUCAUUUCCAACCCUUAGAUACAGAUGAGCAGCAAAAAGCAUAAAACCUGAACAGACUGCAAGUAACUCGCAGGCUGUUCUGGUUUUAUCCUGUUUGCACAUAGCCAUUUUAACUUUGCUUCUGAAUGGGAAAGGGUUAACAGUGUUGGUUGGUAAUAUAAAUAUUGUGGUGAUAUUUGUAUAUGCUUUGCCAAAGCAGGUUUGACUAAUUUUCUUUUCAUUUAGGAUUUUCCUUUGUUUUAUUAUUUUCAUAAUAACAUUUGUAAAGAGCACCCACUCCAUUCAUCUUUAAAUAUAGUUGAAUUCUAUACAAUGCUUAGGUACUUUUUAAUCAAGUAGUGUCUAUAUCUGAUAUUUAUGACACAUUUUUAUGUCCCCCACCCACCAUAGUGGGGGACAUAUUGUUUUUGCCCUGUCUGUUGGUCUGUACGUUGGUCUGUUUGCUCCAACUUUAACAUUUGCAAUAACUUUUUCAAUAUUCAAGAUAGCAACUUGAUAUUUGGCAUGCAUGUGUAUCUCAUGGAGCUGCACAUUUUGAGUGGUGAAAGGUCAAGGUCAUCCUUCAAGGUCAGAGGUCAAAUGUAUGUGGCCAAAAUCGCUCAUUUUAUGAAUACUUUGGCAAUAUUGAAGAUACCAAAGUGAUAUUUGGCAUGCAUGUGUAUCUCAUGGAGCCGCACAUUUUGAGUGGUGAAAGGUCAAGGUCAUCGUCAAGGUCAAAGGUAAAAAAAAUAACUUCAAAGAGGCGCAGAAGGGGACAUAGUGUUUCCAACAAACACAUUUCUUGUAUAUUUAUGCUAUUUACGAGUGUGAUACAUAUUUGUCGCAAAAAGCACCUUCUUUUUAGCUCGGCUGUUUUCGGAGGUAUUGUCAUAGCCAGCUCGUCGUGUCCAUGUCUGUCGUCGUGUUGUCCGCGUCGUGCUUAAACCUUAACAUUUUGUAUAGGUUUUUAACAUUGGCUCUAAAAUCAAAGUGCUUCUACCUACAACUUUGAAACUAUACAUGUAGCUGCACCUUGAUGAGUUCUACAAGCCACACCCAUUUUUGGGUCUCUAGGUCAAAGGUCAAGGUCACUGUGACCUCUAAAAAAAAAUAUUAAAAAAUAAAAUUCUGACAAGCUUUCGCAGCCGAGCGUGGCACCCGUUCAUGCGGUGCUCUUGUUUAUAUUAGUCAUUUUAUUUUGUUUGUUAUAUUUGACAACAGGUUGUUUAGCCAUACCCAAUUAAGUCAUUUAAAUAGCACAGCUACUAGAAUUUUUUUAAAACAGUCAUGUUUUAAUAGAUUUCAAACACUGAAUUAAUUAAAACUUGACUUAUUAUUUGCGUACAUGUAUACCAGAGUACAGAAUUGAUUGUUGUUAAUUCCAAUUUCACAUGGACUGAUGGCAGACUUUAGAGGAACAUGUACACCACAUGCAAAGAUUAUAUUGUUGCUGUUAGCAAAUUUCAAAUUGUACAGUUUACUGUUUAAUAAAACCCAAAUUACGUUAGGUUUAUAAAUUCUUUUUUUACAAAAUGGGCUAUGUAUUAUCUUACAGUAAGUGAAAUUGUUACUGCUUAUCAUUUGUUUAAAUUGACUGGUAAAAACCAUUGUAUUGCCAUUCUGUAUUGGUAUCUUUCCAUUGUUCAAUGUAUUUCAAGGUUUUAUUUUUAAGCUAAAGAUUUUAAAGGGUGAAACGAAUAUUUGUUGUCGCGCACUUAUUUUCGUGUAUUUUCAUGAGUGUGCUCAAACAUAUUUCAAAUGUUCAAUGAACGUUUAGGUGUGCAGUCUUAUGUCAAAAAUUAUUUUCAAAAGUUCCAACUUGCCAAAGUCAAACAAUUUAAUGAAAUUUCAUGUCAUGAAAUAGAUGAAUCCACUGUAAGUUAUAGUCACAUAAGAUUGAAUUCUAGAAUUAAAGGUCUGAAAGUGUAAAACAUAUUUUGACAAAGUAAAAAGACACACAUUUAGUUACGGAAAUAAAAUGGAAACAUGUUAUCAUAUCUUGUAAUGUGGAGUUUUGGAGUAAUUUAUCUCCAUGGACAUUAUGGGUAACAUGUUUUUAAAAGUUACUGUUUAUUGUGUAACUGAUAUAUAUUUAGGUCAAUCUAUUUGUGUAUUAGUGAUUAAUUUAUGUCUGAUGUCACAUAUUAGACUUUACUCAAUUCCAGUUUAUGUACAGGUGUAAAAUAACUUAAGUUUAAGUGCCAAUUCAUAUAUAUUAUGUACAUAGCUCUGGGUUAUUGUUAUAGCAUAUUUUGAUUGUUUUUAUUGUAAGGUGAUAAUUUUUAUGAAGUAUUAUUUGUAUAUUUAUUAUAAAUGAAAAGCACAUUAAAUUUAUCACAUAAUCAC